GUUCCAGAAAUAACAAUCAUAGGCUGAAAAAGUGUUCUGGUAAAUUUACAUUUGUGUCUAUUUCACGAUUGCUCUGCUGUUUCUGUGUGCUGGAAUCACUUUGACUUCUUCUACAAUAAACAAACCUAAACCACCAUAACAAGCUUUUCUUACCAAGAUGCUUAAAACAGAACCCUGUACUAUUAAAUUAAGCAAAAAAAUUUUUCAGAAGGUAUCUAAAUUGCCCUAACACAAUCUUCAAAGCAUGUUCAUGUGACAUAACAGUUUACUUUGCUAUGGUCCAAACACAGCAUUUGAAGGUAUCUAGUUUCAUAACUACAGAAAUAGAGAAGUUCAGUUUUGCAAAUUGACCACAUACUCCACCACUACAAGCACAUUUUUUUUGGUAAUGAACUUACAGAUGUACAGGCUACUUGAAACUCAUAGGUAAUAUAUUUUAUACGCAGUGGUACAAUCAUUCAAAAAAAUAAAGCAUAGGGAUUCUUCUUAUGCUGCUUUAUUUUUUCCUAAGUAAGAAAAUGCUAGAAAAGAAAAGCCGAAGCUGAAUACCAAGCAAGGUAUGACGGAGAUUUUAACCAUGUAAAGAUGAAUCUGUAAGCCUGUUUUCACAGCAGCAAAAGAAAAACAAGAAAAAAAGAAAAAGAAAAAAGAAAAAAAGGACAUACAAUCCAUCAUUUGCUGUCAAUGCUCUAUUUUUGUUUGGAAUAACAGGAAAAUUCCUCUUAAGCAUGAACAGUUAAACUCUUUGUAUUCUUCUCUUGAUGAGGAAGAGAGUAGAAAGUCAAGUUUAGCACGCAGAACAGAAUAUCAAACACUCUGUUCCUGUAAUAAGAAGUGUUCAGAGGGCAUUUACAGUUUAUUACAAAGGGUGUCUAUUAUGAAAGAAAUAGCACCAAAAAUCACUUUGGCUUCCAGUGUAAAAGCUCUUUUCCUCUUAUCCUCUUCAGAUCACAUUCUGCAAGGAUAAAGAUCUACUGAGUUUGCAUACAGAAGUUGCUAUAGUGAGUUUAAAGUUAAUAGCCAUAGUUGUAUAAAACAUGACAGCUUAAGUUCAGUGAAGGUUUAUUGAUGAUAGAAGAUUUGGGCAAGCGUGCCAAUUCUGCAGGCUGGAUGAUGCCAACACAUCACUUCAACACCAACUCCUCCAUUAAAGAAGCAUACUGAUCCUAUUUUUCUACAAAGGCAUGUAGAUAAUGAGACAUAGCUCUUUUAUGUAAGAGUAGAAACAGCCUCAGAAAAGAUCCCUAAAUCACUGCAUCAAAUUGCCCUUUCUUAUAGGCAUUGUAUUGUGAAACUCUUCUUAUAAACAAUUUGAGCACCAAAAAAAAAAAAAAAAGAGAGAACAGAAAAGAACCCUAAACAUGUUGAAAGGCUACUUCUAAUCCAGAUUGAGGCAAGACACUCUAUUCCAAUUUCCAGCCUAUAUUUGUUGUACUUUUUAAAACUGUUAUUACAUUUUGAGCUGACAGAUUUCAGUGCAUAUCUACCAUUCCAUUCGUGAAUGUUACCCAGUUAUUCUUCAGAGGUGUUUCUGUAAUACUGUAUACUUUCUGCCUUCAACAAAUUUCCUCACAAACUCCAGAUACAAAUACCUAUGCAAUUAUUAGAAAUGUUACACAGAAUCAGCACAAAACUUGUCUGCUGAAAAGCAUUACUAGCAAGCUACCUUCAACGUGGCACUUCCUUUCAACACUGUCUUUUGCUUUCUCUCCUGGAAACAGUUCUUUAUCCAUCAUGUCCCUGCAACUGUUUCUCUUUUCAUCAGCUUAAUUCAGAAUUUUUGAGAGGACACUGUAAUCAAACCUCAUUUCCAACGAGGUGAGAUUUAACAUCUUUCCUUUGCCUACAAAAUCAGCUGUCUUGAAUGACUGUUUGAAAGGAUGCUGAAGAAAGCUUAACAGCAUGAGGAAAUCAAAGAAACUUUAAGAACCAGGAUUUGGCAACUGCAAAGUUAUAUUCUGUCUGGAAUGCAAAAACUGAAACCUUUGGUCCUUUAUUAAGUUCUGUCAGUGUACUUGUCUUUGGGCAAGACAGACAAUCACGCCCUGAAGUUUUAAUCUACAAAAAUUCCAGCCAUGCUGCAGACAAUUCAUACUGUAAAAGCAGAGUUCACAGUGAAACUGUGUAACUUUCUGGCUGUGUUUUAAAUCUGCCACUAAACUUGGUAAGACAGCAGGAAAGUGCUACAUGCUGCAAAUGAUACAGUAAUCGUGGUAGAAAUGUGCUGCAAGAACAGAAGAACAAUUUGGGCAUACAGAAGAAUGGAAUUUUUGAAGACAGGAAAAAGGCCUAAAUAGAAUGAAAUGGGAAAAUGGUACAUUCAAGGAAUAAUGACAAAGAUGGCUAAAAGAGGGUUUGAGGGAACUUGACGAUAAAGACUUCAGUCUUUUAUUGCGUCAGUUGCUGCCCUUCUAUAGAUGUGUUGACACUGAAAAAGCUACGAUUGUAGCUGAAGUUCGGAUGUGAAUUCACAUCAGUUCAAGCCAGCUGGUUCAUGUAUUUCUGUUGUGAGACUUACUGCGAGACUUACAGCAUUCAAACUACUAACUGCUUACCCAGAAUGCAGGGCAGGUUUUCAGUCUGCACUCUGUCCUGUGUUGUUCUGGAUACACUGACAGAGUCAUGAAGCUGCCAUAUAGAAAGUUCUGACAGUAAUUUAGCAAUUUAUAUCCUAGUACAAAGACCUUCCGUUUGUUUAUCUUUCACUUCAUUCCAGACAAGACUUUCUAAGUGUUCACAGGCACUCUAUGAUGGUAGAAGAGGAAAACUGAUACAGUGCUCAACCUAUUGUGUGUGGCCUCUUCCAAGCGUCUGGUACUGCCUUUUUGAUCAUAACUCGCUAUGACUAAUAUAAGGUAUUCAUUCCAAGAUACAGUUAGUCAUUUAAUUGUGGUUUAUAACUGUUUCAGUUCUUUAUACGCCUAAAUUUAAUGUGUCAUUAUCACAGGGAGGGGGAAGGGUGGGGGGUAGGAUGCUCUAAAACACGUUGCAGAUUGUGACAGCAAGAAAUGAAGUCAGAAAUACAUAGAUAGGAUUGCGCCUGAGAAAUUAAAGUAAUCUCCUUACAGUGUGAAAAACUCUUUAGCACCUGAAUUUCUAUAGAGGCUGUCAUGGAACUUGAAUCAUUCUGGCGGUAAGAAAAGCUUUUACCUGCUGCAAAGAAUAACAGAGGGUGGAAAUAUUUCCUACUUGAAAGGAAUUGGAAGUGUUUUCAAGCUGUUUAGCUGUCUUUGAUUUUGCAGUGAUUCCUCUGAGAAUUUUAGUGGUUUCACAUUCAGAUUUUCCUGUUUUUAAAAUAUUUAUUUCUCCUUCUACUGUGUGAAAUACUCUGAGAAACAAGAGAAAUGACUAAGUGAUACUGCAGAAGAACUGGCGUAACUAGUUAUCCACCAGAGCUGUCAAACAGGCUACAUAAACCAUGUUAGAAAAACAAGGCAAUUUGUUUCCCCAGUCUUUUUCAAUUACAGUAAUCUUAGCGUGACAACAGUAACCAGUACAUUUCUGAAACACAAAUACCAACUCCUCAUUUGAGUAUGUUUUUUCCUGAGUGAGGAUAUGUCCAUUUUCAAAUUGGAAUUUCACAGAAUCACCGAAUGUCAGGGAUUGGAAGGGACCUCAAAUGAUCAUUUAGUCCAAUUCCUUCUGGAGCAGAAACACCUCGCUCAGGUCACACAGGAAUGCGUCCAGGUGGGUUUUGAAUGUCCCCAGAGAAGGAGACUCCACAACACCUCAGGGCAGGCUGUUGGUGCUCUGUUACUCUUAAUUUGUCAGUGCACUGGAAUGCAAACUCAGCACACUGGAAUAGAGCUCAUGGACAUUCUCAAACAUUGUUUUAAAUCUAUACAACAGUCAAGGGGAGACACUGAAAGGAUGACAUGAUGUUAUUUGAAUUUUAAUAAGGUGAACUUCAGAGUCUGGAGUCAAAUUGGAGGACUUCAGUCUGGUCUUCAAACCUGUCUCCAACCUCACAACCUGCCAAAGGAGGCUCCAAAGUGAAAUCUGUUGACAUGGGAUUAGUGUCAAUAACCAAAUUUGGGUACUUCAGCUUGGAGCUGUACAGAACUCUCUGAAUCUUAAUUGUCUAUUUUCUACAUCAGAAUGAUUGAUAACGUGUUCUCCAAGGCUCUGCACCUUCCAGCAAACAGAAAAAAAUGAUUGCCACUUCUCAGAGUUCACUCAUUUGUGAAUAAGACUGAAAAUGAGAAGUUAUUUACAAUAAAUGUGUAGAUAUGUGGUCCUUUGUAUAGUCUCUCUUGGAUAGAAUGAAAUCAUUAACAGGGCUGACAUUUAAUUAUCAUCCUUUGUUAUCACUGCAAGGAGACAAGCGUAACAGCUCCCACCUCUUCAAGUUUCUUCUUGUCUGCAGACCCACAGAGAGAGAGGCCUUUGCUAAACUGGUUAUUCACUUUUUCAGUUGCAAUAAGCUAUCAGUUCAGCUCAGUUAUAACAUGGGAUUUCACCUUCUGAGGGUGCAGUGUACUGGCUUGAUUCCAAGCCAUCACUCAAAUAGCUAAAUGCUGAUGUGUAUGGCAUAUAUGCCCUGAUACCGUAGGUCUUAAAUCAAUCAGCUAUCACAGAGGAAACUUCAGCAACUGUCUGUUAGCCAUUUUACAGUAUGAAAGCACCACUCCGGGAAACAACAGUGCAGUGACCAGUUUGAAUUUUAAUACCUACAGCAUUGAACCUUUCGUCCUUAGCAGCGGAAUAGUUUUGUUUAGUUUGUCUACACAGAAGAUAUACAUCCUUUAUGUUUAAUUAAAUUCCUGGAGAGAGGGAGGUUGUGUCCUCCUCCAGAGCUGCUGAGCUCAUACCCAAGAGUGCAGGCUGGGGCAGGCUACAGAAAGGCAAAGAAAACAGACUGGAAGACAGAACCUUGCAAAGGAUGUGGUUGGAACAAAUCUACAAAAAGAUAUAGAAGUGAUGGAAAAAGAAGACAAGAAGAAGUUAUGUAAAAUCCAUGCAGCCUGACAAGCCACUGAAAGCUAGUGGACUAGAAAAGAAGACUAGCGGAAGGAGCCAUUUUCUAAGAGGCACAGAGAGCAUUUUGUUAAUGAGUACAGCCAACAACUAUAAGUUACCUGAAAAGUUAUCACUUCCUUGCAUAUUGGUUUAUGUUCUAAUAAAGAAUACUUUUAGAGACUAGAAGGCUUUUGGACUGCCCACUAGAAAGAAAAGGUACAGCAUGACCAACUGCAGCUCUUGAUUAACAGGAGAUCCUUUUAAUACCUUCAAACUAACGUAAAGCUGUGGCUGACCAGGAAGAACAGGGCAGGGAUGAGGAUAAUUUUCAUUCAAGAACUGCCUCUGUGCUGGUUGAUCCCAUAGCUCAUGGAUGUUCAAACUUUUGGCUUGUCCAGGCUACACUGAGUGAAGAGGAAUUGUCUAGGGCUGCAUAUAAAAUAUACAGUAUUGUUAAUGUAUAUAAGUAACAAAACUUACUUUAUUUUUGAAUAUUUUUUAUUAAAACAUAAAAAAGAGCAACAAAAAAAGCCCAUAAAAUUAGUGGAAUAUUUGAUCUUUUUUUUUUUUUUUUUUUUUUUGUGUGUGUGUGUGAAACUGAUGUAUCAGCCCGGUUCAAUAGCAGCUGUAGAAAUUCCUGCUGACUUCUCAAGAUGUUUGUCAGAUUUUUGAUGAAAUUUUACUGUACUAUUGCUUCAUCCUCGAAAACAGUUGCUCACGAAUGUACGUACUGUCAAAAAGCGAUGACACAAAUAAGAUGUGGUUGUGAAGUGAUGGUUAUUUUUCUCUGGUAAGAGAAGGCUUAUAAAGGUCUGGUAAAGAGACGUGAUCAAAGUUUUUAGUUGAAUAUUUGAUUAUAACUCUAUACACUACGUUUGAAAUUUCAUACACAAAUGUAUUUAUGUCAACUGAAAAUGAAGUUACAAGUAUAAAAAAAUGGAUUUCUUUGGUAAUCUUGAAACCGGCUUCCGAAUACCUUCAUCAUAAUGGAAAGCAUGGCUGCAUAUUUUUCACUGUUCACAGGAGUAUGUUCAGCCAGUGUACCAAAAUGCAUAACAUUAUUUGCCAUCUCUUGAGUCAGCACCGCACUGAGCCCCAUGUCCUGCCUUCAAACCAGACAGUGCUGCUUGCACAGUGCUGUGUGGUUGUUGUAAACGAUGGGUGCACGGUCACGGCUGGGCUGCUUGGUGGGGCAGAGCUGCUGACAUGAUGGUGUGGGGCAGGGGGUGGCCACAGGGCAGGAUGGGCUGGGCAGUGGGUGGCCCACAGGCCAUGGGUAGGACAUGCGUGCCAUAACUAUUAGCAGACUAAUUCCAGAGCUUAUAUAUUUUAGUCUGUGUUUAAAUAAAGCUAAUUCGGUAGUUAUGAAUAGAAAUUCUUAAUAUCUCAGUAGACUGUGUCUUAGCUUGAAACAGAAGGGAAAUCCUGUUUCUAUCAGAAACCGUUAAGAAAAUGUACAACAUUGUUCUUUAUAAGCUCUUGCUUUGUAAAUUUUCAUCAAGCAUUAACUAUACAAUAGCACUGUACCUCCAUGUGGCUGACAAGCAGAGCUAAUGAGCAAAGGACAAGCAGAACCUGGCCUCACUAGUUUUGGAACUAGGUAUCCAUAUUGGAUAGGCCCUGCAGUUAUGCCUUGCUCUUUCACCAUUGCCUCCCUUUCUCUUUCAACUCAACAACAGACAGUCAGAGUUUUAGAUAGCUCUAGGAGAAUACUAACAGGGUCAUAAGAUAUGAUAAAACCUAGAAAUAUGUUUCUGUUCUACAUAGAACAGAGGAAAUAGCAUCUUCCCUACUCCACUUUAAGAGGAGGUUUUCAGUCAAUUUAGAAAUAGAAGUCAACCAGACCUUUCAGCAUUUUUGGCACACGCAUCCUUCUUCAGUAAAUGAAGUCUAAAGGUUAUGAUUCUAGCAACAUACAUGACAAAAGAAGAAAAGCAAGAAAGAAUGUAUACAAUUUAUAUUUAUGUAAAUGCCACUUAUCCAUUCUCUAGUAAUGAAAGAGGGCACUAAAGUAAAAGGAGUUUAAUAUUAUGGUAUUUAUAUUUUAGUAUAUUUUAGUACGUAUGGAUAGGACGUACUAAAGCAAAAAUAUUUUCUACUAUUUAAUCUGUCAUCUGGAGAAAAACAUUUGCCUAAUUAAAUAAGUUACAGUGGAAAUCAGAACCCUUCUACAGAUUUAUCAUAAACCUAAAAUUGUACUUACAUAUAACCUAACAGAUUUUAAGCUGACUCAUGUGGCUUAUCAUUUCAAAAGAAUGGUACCUGACUAAUUCUGGGGAGACUAUGACAGAAAGGCGUAACAGAAAGCACUACUUUUGCUCCCUUUUUCUUUCCAGUCCUGAAGUAUGCAAACUCAUUGUGGGGAAAUUGCUCAACACAAUGGACUGCUUGGGAAAUGCACAGUUGAAAGACCAUUAAAAUUAUAUUCCCAUAGCAUGUACAUGAAAGCAUACACCAUUACACACGCACAAAAUUGUCUUUCCUGAUCAACACUGCAAACAUUAUCCAAAAAAACCCACCAACCACCUCAGCUCCAACAUGCAGUCAGCUUGAAUGCUUAGGUUUGCUUAGUCAUUUUUAGAUGAGGUCAACUGUACUGAUGACAUGACUCAGAGCUCUGAGGCACUUGGCCUUGUUAAGCUGGCAGAGGAAACACUUUGCUCUCCAGUUUUCAGAGACAUUCAUAGAGCUCAUAUGUAGAAGCCAUCCUGAGAGAAAAGGCUUUUUUCAGUUCCUUUUCUGGUAAAAUAAUCUGACUUUAAAACACGCACCUCAAAUUUUCUUGAAAUUACAUUUAGCAGAAAAAACUCAUCAUUUAAAACACCUUCAGUGUAACAGUGUAUCAAAGAAUACUAAAUAACUGAAUUAAGACAACAAGCAUUUGUAGGGCUGGUGUAUAAUUUAUGUAUCAGAAAACUCUGUGAAUAAUUAGCACUUUUCAUUUUCAGCAGUGCUUGGAAACAGUAGCUGAUAAAUUCUGGCAGUAAUAAGCAGCAGAAAGCUAAGUAUUAUUUCCAUUAUUUAAUGAAAAUUAGAAGUGGAUGGUUUAUAUCCUGCCCCCCUAAUUUUCCUCUUCUACCAGAAAAAAAAAUCCUAUUGGAAUUACAUUCUGAUUUAUAUAUUAUCCUGCUGAAGUAACUAAUACUUUACAGCAUUGUGUAAUGUAGUGGAGGGCAAUAUUGCAGGGAUGUCUCCGACCAAUCUGCAGGAGAUAGGUCUAGGCUUGGAAAAGAAUUUACUCAAAGGAUACUUAAUCCUCAAAUUAAAAAGCAAAAACAUUUAAGGGAAUUUGUAAGUAAGAUAAAUACAAUGAACUGUGUUAAUCUUGCAAGUUGGAAAAUACUUUCCAAGAACUCAGUUAAACAUAAGGAAAAGUGGCUGACCUGGAAAUGAUCAUUCACUUAGAUUCCAGAAGAUAAUGAGGUAUCAAAUAAUAUUAUUAAGGUAGAACCAUCUGUUGAUUUCAGUAAUGAUCUAACUACUUGAAGGUGGUGAUCAUUAGGACCAUUUCUUACAGUGUGGUACAUGUUCAGGAACUGGUCUUCAUAUUGUGUUGGCAGAGGUCACAGAAUUCCAGUGCUACACAAGGGACCGAGAAACACAGAAGCGUCAAGUCUGGGGAAGGCUUUGGCAAAGGUUUGAAUAAUCAAGCACAAAUUAGGUCUUCUAAAUCUUUGCACUUAGAAUAGAAUAGUGUAGUACAGUUGGAAGAGACCUCCAGAGAUCAUCUAGUCCAACUUCAUGGCUAACCAAAGCUAAAGCAUAUCACUGAAUGCUUCACCAAAUGUUCCUUGAACGCUGACGUACAUGGGGCACCAACCACCUCACAAGGAAGCUUGUUCCAGUGUUGGGCCACUCUCAUGGUAAAGAAAUCUUUCCUAAUGUCCAGUCUGAGCCUCCUCCAGUGCAGCUUUGGGCUGUUUCCUUGUGUUCUACCAGCACUUAACCUAAUUCUUCAGGAGUUUGUUUAUACGUAUAGAUACACUGCUAAUUUUUUGGGUUGUUUGGUUUCUCCUUCAACAGGAUACAAAGAACAGAAAAGUCCCAUCCCCUCUCCAGCUGUUCACAUCAUUUUGCUACCUAUGCCUUGGGAUUUUGUUUUCUCUCAAUCUCCAAAUGGCCUUACAGAGGAAGUGUACUAAGUAUGUCAUAGAGAAUAAGGAACUAAUCUUAAAAAACAAUGACAGAUAACCUUUCUUUCAUCUCUGAGUGCUUGUCUACAUAAAUAUUUACUGUGAACAACACCCUUCACAUAUUACCUUAUUAAGGAAAAUAUCCCAAUGUGGCUAGUUGAAAUAAAACAAAACUGUCCCAAAUAUGACAUCAUUUUGAGAGGCUUCACAGCACUGUAAUUGUCAAGGAAACAGUGAAGGUUAGAAACCUGAUCCCUCUGAUGUGUCAGCUGAAGACACAGGCAUAUGAGCAGUUAUAAGGCUGGUCAAUAUAAAAAGAGCUAACAUUUAAAAAAAUGAUUCAGUCCUGACAGCUUGUGGAAAAGUAAUUCAUGGACGCAUAGGAAAAAAUAAAAAUAAAAAAUAAAAAAAUAUUGAAGGCAAUCCUGAUUGUGCAGCUACUUGUCUUGCAUAAGAAAAUCUUGUCUACAUAAUACAGAGGAGCCAUCACAGUGGCCUGGCUGUCCCCCUUCCAAUGGCCAAAGCUAUAACUUACAGAAAGGACACAAAUACUAUGUCCAGGCUUUUUCCAUACAAACAUUUAGCUUCUUCAAGUACACAGCUCAUGGAUCAUGAAAAGACAAAGACAAAAGGCAUUGUACAUGACUCCAUCCAAAAGUCAUCUUUUAAAGCCCAAAAUAAGUCAGUGUCAUAGAAAGAAAAUCAAACAAAAAACAAACAGAACGUCCCCAUGCAAAUGUGAAACAGAACUCACAAACAAGACACAAUAUUCGAGUCAACACAAGUUGCUACACCAGCUGAAUAAAGAUCCUCUGCAAUCUUAGCCCCAUAAGCAAGAGGGAUAGAGGUAUGGGCACAUUUUACACCUUUGUAGCUGCAUGCAUGGAGCAAAGAUGGGUAGGACUUACAUAUAUGCCCUACGUGGACUGCCACCAGUUAGAGCGUGAAAGCACACGAGCACUGUGUACACACACGGUGUGAAUGAGUACGUCCACAAAGACUCAGAAAAUAAAAAGACACCUCUGAGACAUUAGGCAAUAAACUUUCCUCUUGCACAAAGCUCCCCCACUGCUAUCUGUGCUGUAGUCAUGUCUGAGAGGCAUAGUCAAGAUCUUUUCCACAGUGCUGGAUUUAUUUUGUAUGAAUGCAGACGUAAAAGUUGCUUACUUCCUUGGUAACAACAGUUCCAGAGAAAAGUCAUGACCAGAUGGUCAAAUAAAAGGUGGUAGUAGCCCCGAAGUGCUUAGGCAAAUUCCUACAAGAAUGGGGGAAAAGAACACUGGUGAGAGGUGCAUAUAAAUCCACCUAUCUUCUGAAUCACUAUUUUUUGUGUGUGGCAAAUAUCUGUUCAGCUUGUCUGUUUCUCAAGCUUUUUUAGGAAAACUUGCUAAGAAAAAGAACACUGAAUAUGAGGAGAUCACAAGGUGUUAGCCUACACCAUCUACAGCUGAGAGGUCUGCUAUGAUGCAAAACUGGGGUUUUAGGCAAAUCACUGGAAGAAAUCUAAAGGUACACAGAGUUUAACCCAUGGGUGUCCAACCUUUUGGCUUGCCUGGGCUGCACUGAGUGAAGAGGAAUUUUCUUGGGCUGCAUAAAAAAUAUAUUAUAUAGUUAAUCAUAGAAUCACCGAGGAUAGAAAAGACCUCCAUGAUCAUCCACUCAAACAAUGCACCUACAACCAAUAUUCCCUUACUAAAGCAUGUCCUUUAGUAAAAAAUUUAAACACUACUUGAACAUCUCCAUGGACGGUGACUCCACCACUUCCCUGGGCAGCCUGUUCCAGCACCUAAUCAUUCUUUGGAGAAGAAUUUUUUCUGACAUCCAACCUGAACCUCUUCUGCUGCAAUUUGAGGCUAUAUAAGAAACAAAACUUCUUUACAUAUAUAUAUUUAUUAAAGCAUAAAAAAAAGAGGGCAAGAAAACAUAAAACUAGCAAGUUGGACAGGUAGGGUUUAACCGAAAUAAUUAAUAUUGCUUUUGUCUACUAGCGGAGAUGAGCCUUUCAGUGAAACCUCAUUCAGUAGAACCCUCAUUCCAGUGCCUAGUUUUAGGGAUGUCCUACUGAAGUUCGAUAUUUUAGUGUAAACAAUGCUGUGAAAACAUAGCUGGAUCAUGGCCAUCAUGAAGAGCCAUAAUCCCUAUAUUUAUGCAUAGAUACGGGCCAUAUUCCAAGGGUAGUUUCAAAGAGCAAACUGCAGAACUUAAUUCCCACCUAAAUCAGACAAAAAUAAUUUCCUUUCUAAGAAGAUAUCAGCAUUACUUUCUGGAAUAGGAGGCCUAAAGAGCUACUAAUCUCCUCUGAAUCAGAAGAGAUCCACCAGAUACAACCAUGUCCCACCACAAAGGCAUCAUUACUCUUAUCCAUCCAUCUUCCCCAGGAAUUAGCAGAGUAUCAGCAAACCUGGGUCACAACACUGUGAUGACCUGCCCUAACAGAACAAAUAUAAGUAUGGUAACAUGGAAAAUAAACCCUAAGACUGGACACCAAUGCACCUUGGCAUACCUGAUUGAUAAGGACUCGACAGAAAAAAACAGCUGCAGUGACAGAAUAAACUGGAGAUCCAGACCAGACUGGGAUCAGGCACUUGAGAUACAGCAAGUAGGAAAGGCUGAUGAGGGAAAUUAUACCUGCGAAGUGGUAAAUGCAGAUGGGAAUUUCCACUACCUGUAUCACUUGACUGUGAUAGUUGCCCCAAGAAUGGCUCUGUACUGCGAUGACCAUGGGAACCCUGUGUGUGAGGCAGAGACAGAGAAGUCGGCUGCUGAGAUCUCGUGGGUCCCAGAGAGCAACUCCACACCUAGAGCAGACAGUCACGAUAACGGGACAGUGACUGUUGUCAGCAGGUUUGCAGCACGCAGCACCAACGGGAAGAAUCCUACCUGCAUUGUGUCCCACGCGACUCUGAACGAGACCAAGUCCAUAAACUGCUCCUCAUCAUACAGAGAUCUUAUCCUGUGUAUAGCCAUCAUUCUCAGUUUCCUGAUCAUCAUCACCUUCAUGGCUGUCAUUUACUAUUUAAAGCUCCAUGGUUGCAGAUUCUGUCACAGAAGCAAACCUCCUGAUAUUACUCCUACAUAUUCCUCACAGGAUGACACAGUGGAGGUGGAACCCUAUACUACUUACGUGCAGAAGGAAAAUGUAAUUUACAACUCAGUAUCUGAUCUGACAUUGAGGCAGAAUCUUCCACAAGGACAGUCACCAGCAACAUGAGUGGUUCAGCAACACUGGAGAGGGGAAAGACAAUUUCUAUUACUAAGACAAGUCACAGAAAGACAUUUCUCAAAGCAUUUUGCCAAAGUGGGAGGCAACGUAGCUCCCUAGGUCUCUUUAAAGACCUGUAUUUAUUCAUGAGUCUGCGUAGUUCUUUUUUUUUCCCUCUUUUUUGCUUUCUUCCUUGGUAAAGGAAAGAGGUGUCCUUUUUUUCUUAGGGAAAAUCUGACUGACCUCAAGAUACAGUUUUUCCUGGAAAAAAUGUUAUGAUUGGUUUUCCCUUGCUGUUCUUGUAUUGGACAUCCUAGUUUUGUUGGUCACUUCUAGGCAUUACUUUGAUACACUUGACACUAUGUUGCAUACAUUUGGGAGAUGUGAAGAGUGUUUAUGUCAAAUACUCUUCAGUUAGCAGCCACUUUUUUCUAAUUGACAAAUGACUAAUAUAAUGGCUCUGAGUACUGAUCAUCACAGAACAUUUGCCUAGCAAAGGGAAGACCUUCAAUCUCUCUGUUCUGAAAAUGGAAAUGAGUCAUGAACUUACAAGUUCAUUCACUAAAAAAAGAGACAUCACUAGCAUGCUGAUUUAACUUGUUAGGUUUAUGUUCAGUAUUUCCACUAAACAUGUUCAUUUGGUUAGUCAGAUUAUUGUUAUCAUUUCUAUAAGAUCAUCUGGAGGUGGGGUCUUCUUAUAUGUACUGGCAUUAAGGUACUGUAAAAGAAUGACGUUACUCAAAUCUGGUAAGCUCUUUUUAACAGAAAUUAACAUCGAGUAUUUCACAAUGAAAAGUUCAAAUAUAUUAUCUAUAACUGUGCAAUAAUGUACUAAAAGGACAGAAUUCCUGAUGAUUGUCAUAUUUAUUUUAAAUACAACUGGAGAUAUUUUCACUCAUAUGUCUAGAUCUUUUAUUAUUAUUAUUUUUUAAUAUAACUGCUAGUCCACUUUGUAGUAUGUAAAUUAGCCUGUCUAUCUUAAUGUGUCUCAUAUUAAAGUGAUUUCUUCUCAUCUUCCCAAAAUAUAUUUUCAGAAUAAGUAAAAACAUAUAUAUAUAUAUAUAUAUCUGUAUAUUAGCAGCUCUCAAGAUUUUUGGACUGAUGUCUUUCUGGCUGAAGUAUGAACGGGCUUUACAGUAACAGUAAAGAAAUUCAUUUGUAAA